ACUUGGCCAAUAUCCAGCCAUCUUGACCUCACACUUGGUCAAUAACCCACAUAUAUAACACAAUAUUCCAGACAUAUUUGCAAUAAACGCGAUGCUAUAUUCAGUUUAACAAUGUAUCACUUCAUUUUGGUAAACAGGAAGUGACUAUAAACUUGAGAUCGCGAAAAUUACAUUUGCCCAAAAGUGUCUAUAAAGAUAGGGUCUAUAUUGGCCACAAAUUUUUGGUGGAGGAUCUAAAAGGUAACUAGCAAAAACUUGACACAGGUACCCCCGGGGCAGUAGUCUCUUGAAAAGAAGGAACGCGAGACGACUUGUGAUUGGUGGGCCCUUCAACAGGGGAUUCCCCGAUAUUCUCAACUUAUGUGCCGUACGCGCUUGCCCUUUUUCACACCUCUGCAGCGCAUGCUAUGGCUAGUGUGGUCUUAAAAGAAGACAAGUCUCCGAUAGUACACAAUGCCUACUGCUAUCCUGAGCUAACCACGUUUGGCCCAGAAAUAACCAAGAAGGUGCUCAAGCUCGAUUGCUAUAUUUCAGUAGUAGCGGAUGCUGACAGAGUUCCAUCAUUCUACUACUGGAUUGUGAGUGGCCUGCAAACGACUGGUCACUGUAGUGCUUUGGAUGUGUUGGAAGGUGGUGACUGUAUUACUUCAAUCAAUGGAGCAAGUACUGUUGACAAAGACAAAACCUUUAUUGAGAGAGUGAAACAUAAUAAAUGUCACAAUGAUGUGCUGAUUCUUAGAGUAAGAAAGCCAGCGAAACAACAAGAGUUUAAUCUCUGGGAUCUAAUACCAGUGAAGCUUGACAUUAAAGAAGGACUCAAGAACCUGCCUUUUAGUCUUGACAUCUUUUACACGGAUUUAACUGACAACAGCAAAACGUUUGCACUAGUUGACAAGAUUUUGCAACAGAGGAAGGAUCUGAAGGGUCUAAAACGAGGAGAUAAAGUUAUUGAAAUCAAUGGGCACAUACUUCAAAACAAGACACCUGAAGAGCUCCAACAUACUAUUCACCAGCUUCAUCUACAGGAGCAGAUCACACUAACCUUUGAAAGAAGGAAAUGGAGGCAGAAUGGAUAUCUCACCAGACAUGCCAUUGAUUCACCACCAUGUGUGGCAUGGAGAAGUCUUCAAGUUGAGUUGAGGGCAGUUAAGAGCAAUCCAAAGAUGAAUCCUGGUCAAAGUUUUUUGUUUGUAUUUGUUGAGAAUCAGCUUGAACAACCCUGCGCAAUUAUCACACACAUUUUUGCUGGUCAGACACCUGCUGCGAUGUGCCAAUACCUCAACCCAGGAUGCAAAAUAACAGCAAUUAAUGGAGAGUCAGUUAAAGGUCUCAGUUACCAUGAGAUGAUUACCAAGCUAGAGAGAGCUAAAACGUCAGUGGUGUUAUCAAUAGAGGAACCCACGGAUUUUCUGCUUGAAGAAAGUUCUCUCUCUUCCAGAAACACAUGGCCAUUAGAGACAGAACAUGAAUGUCUAAUUAAAUCCCCUAGGGAAGGACAGAUUCACUAUACUUCCAGUUCUAUAGCAGACAAGAACUUGCAAAGAACUGAUUUAACAUGUAAACAUAAACAACAGUCCACAAGCGAUGUUGCCUGUGAUGCCAAACCUGUGUCUCUGUCUGCAUCUGGGUCCAUGCCUCCAGCGUCAGAUUACAACACAGGAUUUAAUGAUGGAGCAAGCAGUAGCCCUGGCUGCAGAAGCAUACAUCAGGAACCAGGCACUCCACUGCUUGUGCCCUUAGAGCCACAUGAUCAUGAAACACCAACGGAGCAACACAUACGUGCUUCCCAGGACUGUUUGCCAAAUACUACACCUGACAAACGAAAACAAACUAUUGAUCAUAUUCCAGGGAAAAUCUACCAUUGCCUUUGCACAAACCUGGAUAUCCUAAGCAGAGCCUUCGAUGACUACCGCCUUUUGGGUGAGAAGCUUCAAUUUCCUCCGCAGGAGAUUUACAACCUCAGUAGUAGUAAACAACCUACCUGUGAACUCUUAAAUACAUGGCUCAAACGAAAGGGUAAUGAGGCCACCGUUGAAGUGUUGUUGGGUGUUUUCCAUGAAAUGGGGCGGCAGGACUUGUGGCAGUUAUUGCAAAACUGGGUGAAAAACUGUGCAAAUUAAAGGGUUAGUGCUUUGCAAAGCAACAAGAAAAUGUAAGAAAAAUCUUGCAUGUAAAAAAACUUUAUUGUGAGCAAGAAGUUGAGUAGCUACAAUGGGUUAAAUCAAGAGAAAAAUGAUAUUCUCUUGGUUAAAUUACAUGUUCAGUAGUAGCUAAUGUGAGACUAACUAUUUAAUUGCAGGGGUGUGAUAUAAAAGGGUAGCUUUUUUCAGAAUUAUAUUUAUGCUGUCUUUUCAGUAAUCUCUGAGCCUGGAAAAGUAAUAUUAGUAUGGGCAACCUGUAA